AUGAGUCAAGAAGAUAAGAUGAAGAAACUAGAAAAGGGGUCGGAUGCUGCUGAGAAGGUCGUUGUUGCUGUUAAGGCAUCUCGAGAAAUCCCCAAGACUGCUUUGGUUUGGGCUUUGACUCAUGUGGUUCAACCAGGGCACUGCAUUACAUUGCUUGUUGUCAUGCCUACACAAACUUCUGUAGGUCGGAAAUUAUGGGGUUUUCCAAGAUUCACCGGAGACUGUGCUAGUGGCAACCGGAGGUCAAAUAUAGGAACAAGUUCAGACCAAAAAAUCGACAUUACAGAUUCAUGCUCCCAAAUGAUUCUUCAGCUUCAUGAUGUUUAUGAUCCUAAUAAGAUAAAUGUGAAGAUUAAAAUCGUUUCUGGAUCACCAUGUGGAUCAGUAGCAGCUGAGGCCAAGAAAAUUCAAGCCAGCUGGGUUAUAUUAGACAAAAAACUGAAACACGAACAAAAACGAUGCAUGGAAGACUUGCAAUGCAACAUUGUAAUAAUGAAAAAAUCACAACCAAAAGUUCUUCGUCUAAAUUUAGUCGGGUCACCAAAAACCCAACAACCCGAGCCAGACCCAUCACCACCUUCCACAAAUCAAUCAUCUCAUGAAAAACAAACAAAAAACAAAAACCUCGAUUCAAUUCGAUUAUCAGUUGUCACUCCAACAAGUAGCCCAGAAGUAUUCACAGCAACAGAAGCCGGAACUUCAUCUGUCUCAAGUUCCGAUCAUGGAACUUCACCAUUUUUUCUCCCUCAAACUACUCACAGUCUAUUAAAAAAGGAGAAAGGAAAAGAGAAUCACAAUGACCUAAUCGAAUCAAGUUCAGAUUCCGAAAGUGAGAAUCUUUCAUCAACAUCAUCAAGCUUAAGGUUUCAAUUUCAACCAUGGAUGGUUGACAUCAUCACUCAAAAUCAAAACAGAACAUUAUCAAAAGUCGAUCGUGACAGCAACCAUGGAAGCCAUAGAAGUGAAGUGGAAUUCAGUGGGAAUGUUAGAGACGCGAUAUCUCUAUCAUCUAGAAACAUCCCAUCGGGCCCACCUCCUUUGUGUUCAAUAUGUCAACAUAAGGCGCCGAUAUUUGGAAAGCCACCAAGGUGGUUUACUUAUGCUGAGCUGGAGCUUGCGACAGGUGGAUUCUCACAAGCUAAUUUUUUAGCUGAAGGAGGAUUCGGGUCAGUUCAUAGAGGGGUGCUGCCCGACGGGCAGGCAGUUGCUGUAAAGCAACAUAAGUUAGCAAGUUCUCAAGGGGAUCAAGAAUUUUGUUCAGAAGUUGAAGUGUUGAGCUGUGCACAACAUCGGAAUGUUGUUAUGUUGAUUGGGUUUUGUAUUGAAGAUGGAAAGAGACUCCUUGUUUAUGAGUAUAUAUGCAAUGGGUCAUUGGAUUCUCAUCUUUAUGGUCGUCACCGAGAGCCUUUGGAAUGGGCUGCCCGGCAGAAGAUUGCGGUCGGGGCUGCCCGGGGACUCAGAUAUCUUCAUGAAGAAUGCAGAGUGGGUUGCAUUGUGCAUCGUGACAUGAGGCCAAAUAAUAUUCUUAUCACCCAUGAUUUUGAGCCUCUGGUAGGGGAUUUUGGGCUGGCGAGGUGGCAGCCGGAUGGAGAUACCGGAGAAGAAACGAGAGUAAUCGGGACAUUUGGAUAUUUGGCUCCUGAGUAUGCACAAAGUGGGCAGAUAACGGAGAAAGCGGAUGUAUACUCGUUCGGGGUUGUAUUAGUGGAGCUUGUUACGGGGCGCAAAGCAGUGGAUCUAAACCGCCCAAAAGGCCAACAAUGCCUCACAGAAUGGGCACGACCAUUGUUGGAAGAAGAUGCAAUCGAUGAACUAAUUGACCCACGAUUAGGGAACUCAUAUUCAGAAGAAGAAGUUUACUGUAUGUUGCAAGCUGCUGCUUUGUGCAUCAAAAGAGAUCCACAGUUACGCCCUCGCAUGUCACAGGUGUUACGGAUACUAGAAGGUGAUAUGAUCAUGGAUUCGGGUCAUGGGUAUGAUGUUGGAAACAGAAGUGGGAGGAUUUAUAUGGAUCAUCAACAUGUACAACAUAACGGGAAUGAAACGAGCGAGAUAUAUGAAGGAUUUGGUGGAAAGGUUUCGGUUGAUUCAACUCGGGCUUCUUAUUGGCAAAGGGAAAAAGCAAGGAGGACUUCAUCUUUAUGUGAGGAUUUAAGGUAAGGUAAAGGAGGUUAGAUAUGUUGAAACCAACUUAUUUGUCAUCAUUAUGAUUUUUGUGGGUACAGGACAUGAUUAGUUUUAGGGUUUUUGUAAUUCAUUCUCAACGAAAAAAAGUGCACCAAGUUGGGUACCU